AAAUGACAAGGAAUUUGUCUAUGGAAAUUCAAACAUAGCACCCCAGUUUUGCUGUCUCGGUCUAGAUGUUUAAGAAGUGGAGCAAGGGAUUUACUCGAUCAUCCUUCCUGCUCAGACUGUGGAGAGGGAUUCACUUGGUCAUCUGACCGACUGGCACGCCCAUCAUUUUACACAGGAGAGAGACCAUUCACCUGCUCAGACAGUGGGAGUGCAUUCACUCGGUCAUCUCAACUGAAGGUACUUCAGCAAGUUCACACUGGGACAAGGCCAUUCACCUGUUCUGUGUGUGAGAAGGGGUUCAGUCGGUCAUCCCACCUGUGGACACACCAGUCAGAUCACACUGGGCAAAGGUUGCUCAUCUGCUGAAUUUGUGGGAAAGUAUUCACUCAGUCAUCUGAUCUAAUGGCUCACCAGCAAGUUUACACUGGAGAUAGGCCAUUCACCUGCUCAGACUGUGGGAAGGGAUUCACUCGGUCAUCCCAUCUGAAGGUACAUCAGUUAGUUCACACUGGGGAGAGGCCAUUCACCUGCUCAGACUGUGGGAAGGGAUUCACUCAGUCAUCACACCUAUUGAGACACCAGAGAGUUCACACUAGGCAGAGGCCAUACACCUGCUCAGAAUGUGGGAAGGGAUUCACUCGGUCAUUUGAACUGAAGGUACAUCAGAGAGUUCAUACUGGGGAGAGCCCAUUCAGCUGCUCAGACUGUGGGAAGGGAUGCACUCGGUCAUCCAACCUGAAGUUACAUCAACGAGUUCACACUGGAGAGAGGCCAUUCACCUGCUCAGACUGUGGGAAGGGAUUCAGUCAAUCAUCUCAACUGAAGUUACAUCAGCGAGUUCACACUGGGGAGAGGCCAUUCACCUGCUCAGAAUGUGGGAAGGGAUUCACUCGGUCAUCUGACCUACUGCUGCAUCAGCGAGUCCACACUGGGGAGAGGCCAUUCACCUGCUCAGAAUGUGGGAAGGGAUUCACUCGGUCAUCUGACCUACUGAGACACCAGUCAGUUCACACUGGGUAGAGGCUGAUCACCUACUUAGACUCUGGAAGGAGAUUCUCUCGGUCAUCUCACCUUUAUGUGCAUCAUUGAGUUCACACUGGGGAGAGGCCGUUCAACUGCUGUGAAUGUGGGGAAGGAUUCACUCAGUAAUCUAACCUUGUGACACACUGCUGGGUUCAGACUGGAGAGAAACUUUCAAUAAGCUGCAUGCUGCAUAUUUGUUCAUCACCAUUGCUGAAUGUAAUUUCAAGAGUGACUCGUAAAUUAUUGCUGCUGAUCACCACACCCAGUUCUGCACCCUGGUCACUGGGCAUGGGAGGAGUUUCUUCUGCUGCACAUUCACCUUUAAUGGAACUGGAGUUUAAUAUUCUGGAUAUGAGAGAAAUAAGUCAGUUUUAUUUAAAACUCUGUCUCCAGUACUUGGUGAAUUUAUAACACACCUAGCAUACAGUAGAGAGCCAACUCAGGCCGGCUGGACGGUGCCAGUGACUCUGUUCCAGGACAGUCAUUUUCAUUUUUUCAACUUUUUUAUUGAUUUCCAGUAAAAAAUAUACAAAUCAGUGGAAAGGUUUAGCAAACAGAUAAUACAAUAGACAUAUAAAGAGCAAUAAAGAAAAGUAUAUAUUGUCAAAAUCAGAUAGGUUUAAAGUUAUGCAGUUAUAUAUACAGUAUAAUCAAAAAAAAACACAACUCCUCUUAACAAAUCAUUAAAAAAAUUGGAAAAUUUUAUUUAUAUGCAGGAAAACAACACUAAACUAAAUUGGAACAAAAAAAAAGAAAAGAAAAGAAAGAUUGGGCAGUCCAAUUGAGGAUAAAAUUAGAAGAAAAACAAAGAGAAAUGCAACCUUACAGUCACCUCCAAACUUUCAUGGAUAAGGAGUUUCCCGAAAGAGAAUAAAGAAAAAAUAAAUUAAAUCAUAUGAAAAUAUUGAAUAAAGGGUGACCAGACUUGCUCAAAAUUAAAAGAUGUAUCAAACGUCCAGCUUCUAAUUUUCUGCAAGCUCAGAUAUGACAUAAUGAAGGUGAGCCAAUAGAAAACAGUAGAGGAUUAGAUUCUUUCCAAUAUAACAAGACAGUACUCCUAGUCAGUGAAGUUGAAAAGGCUAUCACAUGCUGAGCGGAAGCAGAUACUCUGCCUAUUUCCUCUGGAAUAAUCCCAAAAAUUCCCGUAAGAGAAAUUGGGUUGAACAUCCACAUCUAUAACUUUAGACAAUAUUCUAAACACAUCUCUCCAAAAAUUAUUUAAGCUUAUACAUGACCAAAACUUAUGAGUUAGAGCAGCUACCUCUAUGGUAUAUCUGUCACAAAUUGGGCUUAUAUUAGGAAAUAUAUGCACCAAUUUAUCUUGGCCCUAUGUACUAUCUUAAACUGAAUAGAGAGUCAAUUUAGGCCUGCUGGACCCUGCCAGUGAUUCUGUCCCACGAAUCCUUUUAAAUCCUCCCCUGUUGUUCACCUCGUGUUCCCCCUGUAGGAUGGGUUCCAAACAGUCACCACUCUGUGGGUGAAAAGAUUCCCCUUGAAUUUUCUCCAGACAGUUGAGCUGGCUGCAGUUCUGUCUGAGAUGUUCUUUGCCCCUGAAAUCUCUGAGCUGAGGAAGAAUGACAUUUGGAUUUACUCUCCUUAUUCAUGGCUCAUUUCCUCAUUAUGGGUCAUUUUCCGUGCUUCUGAAGGGUUGUUAGAAGACAUCACUGUUCUCUAAAGACUGAAAGCAGAAUGCGAAAACAUUGGUUGGAUGUUCAAAGGAGCAGGGUCAGAAACCAGAGGUGAGUCUGCACAGGGCAGAGUUUGGGGCUCUGGACGAUGGUCGAUGUAAGAACGUAUCACAAAGAGAAGGAAAUCAGCAGCUGGGUGUGGCAAUAAAUGACAGAGUAGUAACAUUUGGAAGCUGAUUGACAGAGAAAAUAAUUUGUCUGACCAAUGACACAAACAAUACCUGUGGUGAGGUGCUCCACUUGUCAAGGAACGUGUGUGUUCAGAAUUGUUAUAUCUAUUGAGGGAUUUGCUUGUUUAUCCUGUAAUAUUAUAUCCGGAUGGUUAUUAUGGAUUGUCCUAUCUGUAAUAAUGUAUCGAUUAUCAUAUAUAUAUACUGUGAGAUUUUGACUAAGUGGAUCAGGCUGGAAAUAAUUGUACCUUAAUUAGGUUAACAUGGUCAUUCAUCCGUUUGUAUUUUAAAGCAAGAUUUUGGUGAAUGAUAUUUGCCACUUGAUUGCAGCUGCAUAAUUAAUCAGAUUGAGUUCAACUGCCGCAGGAUCCUGGAAUGUGUUGGAUUGUGUCUGGUUUCUCUUAGCAUUUUCUGCAUUGAUUGCCUUGUUUGUAUUGUAUGUAUUUUUGAUUUUUUUCCCCGCUUUUGUUAACCACCUUGUCCUGUAUUUCCGCAAGGAAUCCUUCUGUUUCUGGGAAGAGGUCUCCAACUCUCAGUCAGGUGCUCGAUAUUUCCUUUUCACCAUCUCAUCUGCUCAGAUCAUUGGGAUGUCUCCCAUGGAGGGUCAUACUCAUUCCACUAGUUCAUGUUUUCUUCCACAGUGAUGAUUCGUUUUUCUGAGAUGAUGGCGCGACGGAGCUUGCAGCGGCCAUUCCGGAGCUGAUUAUCAGUUAUUUGUCAAGCGGGGUGCCGUGCGCCAUCAUAAUCGGGUGAAAAACGGACGUGGGAGCACGGAGGAACAUCUGGAAAUCUCCAGAAGACCACUUUCGUUGCUGCUGCUGCUGUGCGGUCCGGGACUCAGCUGGGAAGAACAGGCACCCAGUCUUCGGAGUCGCGUUGGCGGGGCCGUCUUAAUACGCUCGGCAGAGGAUGGUGCUCGGAGAAGCUGUGCCGGAGGGGAUGGUCGGAGGCUCGGAGCUUCGCCGGACAUGGAGUCCGCUGCGGUCAGGUCUCUUUCACUGUGUGCUGUGUCUGCGAGGCUGAGUCGGGCGGCGCCGUGGAAGCCCUUCUGCCGCCUGCGUGGGAUGGCGAGUCUGUCGGGACCCUGGGGACUUGUGGAAACUCUGUGGUGGUUUCUGUUGAACUUAUAGUCCUUUAACAUCUUUGGACUACUUUUACUGUGCCCAUGGUCUGUUUUUUUAAUGAAUUAUGCUAUUGUUUGCACUGUUGUAACUAUGUGGUUUUGUGCAGGUCUUGUAGCUUUAGUUUUUGGUCUUGUUUUGUCUGGUAGCUUUGGAGCUCCUUUCCGGGGAACGUGCUAAGAUAGUAACGCGAUAUUAAUACGCAGCAGCCUCUCCAGACUCUGGAUUGGGGAUUGCCAAACGUUAUGUGGAUUUUCCGGUGUAGUCUGUUUUGUCCUGUGCUUUUGUGAUAUCAUUCUGGAGAAACGUUGUCUCAUUUUUUUAACUGCAUUGCAUUUGUGGUUUCUAAAUGACAAACUGAAUCUGAAUAUAAUAACGUGUUUUGAUUUACUUUGUUUAUUUGUGCGUGGCUCAUCGGAGGAUGUUGUCCUUUCUUUCAUAAGUAGUUGUGUGUUGUGUGUGUUGUUUGUGCUGCUGUUCUUUACAACCCGGCUUGGAGAAACCUUGUCUAGUUUGUCGGAGUGCAUGUGUAUUAUUAAAUGACAGUAAACUCGACUGGAGUUAGCUAGGCCACACCAGCCUCCGAGAAAAACAUAGACUGACUGCCCAAACAAUGUUCAAACAAAAGAAAGGUGAGGAAUCUCAGAGUCUAUAUCCUCACCUAGACAGCCAGUGCCCAGGCAGGAAUCAGGUCUGGACAAAGUUUUCCCGUCUUUGUGACUCCUUUCCUUGACGGCACUCCUUCUAACCGUCAUUCACGCUCUCCCUCCCUCCGAACAUUAUUCACGACCAUCACCCUCGCUCUGUCUCUCUGGCAUCGAACCGCCAUCCCUACGGAUGAAAUUCACUAAUAUAAGGUUUACAGGGCUGUAUGUUGCUUAAGCUUUGGGAGAUUGUGGAUUUCUGCGUUUUCCACGAAAUAAUAUCGUGCCUGUCACUUCUGUUCCUCAGAACCAUAAUACAGCUGCGCAAAUGAGAUGAGUUUAAACCGAUGAACAAUAAGUCAUGAAAAUAAACAUUGUGAACUAACUCCUUUGUUCUGCUAAGA